AUGUUACCUCCGUCCUUAUUCCCAGUCCCCGAGCAAGCACAAUGCGAUCAGCGAGCGUGCGUAUCUUUUUACCAAAGGAUUACACGAUGCCUGAGUAUCCAGGGGUUAAUGGGCAAGUCAGAACAGAAGCUUGAGGUUCACAGCCGUAUGGACUAUAGGCGCAAGGUGAGCGCUCCGGAAGCUGUCACUUAUGGUGCCAGCACAGAGUCCAUCCGCGAGUUUUCGACGUCUAGCGAUCUGCUCCCGCAAAAUGGACCGGUGACCCAGGGCCUAAGUACAAGUGCCGAGAAGGCGAAACCGGAGCGUACUCCGUCAUCCAACUAUAGCUCCGUUCUGCCAAGCCUCUCACGUGUGGGAUUCCAGUCCAUCUUUCAGAACAAUGAGACACGACGCAGCCGGCAGUCCGUGCUCUCGGAGAGCUUCAACGGAGCGCAGAUAAGCCAGAAUGAUGAUAGGCUAGCGGGAUCCUACAACUACAACCAACUGCUAGAGCAGUCCGAGCGUGGCACAGGGUCAUACGGGAAGUGUUCCUCCAGCUUGUCGUUGGAACUACAUGUGCCAAAGACGCGAAUGCCCCAUGGAUCAAAUUCCAGCCAACAGAACGGGCUUUCUAGGGGUAAAAACUCGCUCAAGCAGGCUGCCAUCAAGCUCUUCCGCGUGAGAUCGACCAGCUCUAAGUACCAGGACGUCGAUGUGCAACCCACUCCAUGGAUGAAGUUCCUGCAUUCUCAACACGGAAAACACCAAAAAGCGGCAUACGUGACAUCUAACGUUGUCGAGUCAAACAAGUCGGUCUACUCACAGGGCCAGAGCCAGCCCUCUAACCUUAGUGACAAAUCCGUUAGGCUAUUUCAUGAGGUAAACUUCGACAACAAUGAUGUUCAGUUGCUCCAUGAUCUGAUCAAAAAUAUGCCAAGUUUUGAAUCUAACUUCCACCAAUUUACCAUACAUGAGCAGGAUGCCCUUCUCAGUAACAUCUGGGGGGUUUAUUGCAAUCUGAUCCUAUCUGUUUUUAAGAACCAUCGGCUGUGGCAGCUUCCGGCGAAGAUUGAGGAUAUUAAUCGUGUGCUGAAGUUUUACAUCAAGCUCAAGCAAGAUGGCAAGACAGCAUGCACGGGGUCCAAGUUUCUAAACGAGAUUGAACAGUGCUUGCGUGCCUCAUUUUAUGUGUUGGAAACCCAGGUGCUAUACGACCAUGCUGAAGGUAUUGAAAUGCAAAGCGCCCUAAAACGGCUGUGUGCUGUGUGGGAACUGUUUUACCAGCACGCCUAUGGUGAUUCAAUGGCUGUCCUGGCGCCGCUGGAUUCCAAUUUCCAACGUUAUCCACAAUAUUGGUGUGCCACACAGGAUUCAGGCCACCUCACGUUAGCUCAGCUGCUAUUCCAAAUGUUUAGAGAUGCAAUUGUGGUACCAUAUUACCAGACCUUUAUGAAUGAUGGAGACAAUAUCGCUGCUAGUUUCCAGAAACACUUCACGGACGAGGACGAAAAGAACUGCGUCACACAGACAGAGAAGCUGCUCCUGCUGCAAUGUUUCGGUUUGUUGUCAUCUCUCAACAGCAGAGACGUAAAUCAGCAAAUCGUACAAGGGUUGUUAGCAGGGGUUCGCAUGAGCAUUUAG